AUGGACAAAUGUUUGCGCAGUGCUUGCCCAGCUCUGUGGCAGAGGCUCUACGGGGACAAAAAGGCAGAGGUGGAUGGCAAGACAGUGUCUAAACCGAAGCCACCACCUACACCAGAGCCGCCGGCUGACCAGAAGGAAAGAGGAAGCAUGUAUGAAGCCAUGUGGGACUUCAAUAGCCGGAACUCAAAUGAGUUGACGUUCCAGAAGGGGGACCUGUUCAAGGUCCAAAGUCGCAGCGAGGACUGGUGGACUGUAGAAAGGCUGGACGAGGUCGGACACCCGCUUGACAGUGGCGUUGUGCCCGGAAACUACCUGAAGAAAUCUGACAUGAGUGUGCAGGUGGAACCAUGGAACUUCGGGACUAUGAACCGCUUAGAAGCCCAAAGCCAUCUCAUGGCACCGGGAAAUGGACCAGGAGCAUUCCUUAUCCGAUCCAGUGAGAACCAUGUGGGAUAUGUCCUCUCAGUGCGUUCCAGCUGUCGAGUAAAACACUUCAAAAUCACCCAAACCGUUGACGGUCUCUUCGACCUAGACGGGAUGCAGCAGUUUACGACUUUGAACCAAUUGGUGGCGCACUACUGCAACAACCGCCUCCGUGUCAGCAACGAAGACACACUGGGUGAACCUUGCAGGCCGAAACAACCGCCAUCAGAAGCCCAGUUCCCAGAUGAUCAGUGGGAAUUGCCCAAAGAGGAAUUCACCUUGGAGGACAAGUUGGGAAGCGGCUAUUUUGCAGAUGUCUACCGAGGAUACUGGAAGUCGCGCAUUCGCGUGGCCAUCAAGAUCAUCAAGAGCGACUCGGAGCUGGACCACUCAGAGUUCCAGAGGGAAGUGCAGAUCCUCAAGCGUAUGCGUCACCGGCACCUCAUCUCGCUGUUUGCUGUGUGCACUGCCUCUGUGCCGUAUUACAUCAUCACAGAGUUGAUGGAGAAAGGAAGCCUGCUAGACCUGCUCAGAAGUCCCGAGGGCAAGCAGCAGGACAUGACCUCUCUGUCGGACAUGGCCGGCCAGGUGGCUGAUGGGAUGUCGUACCUGGAAGAGCACGAUUUCAUCCACAGAGACUUGGCGGCUCGGAAUGUUCUGGUGGGAGAAGACUUCAUCUGCAAGGUGGCUGACUUUGGACUCACUCAAGUCAUCAAGGAGCCCAUCUGCUUUGCGUACCAGAAAGCCAUCCCGCGCAAAUGGAGCGCCCCAGAGGCCAUCAACCACAGGCAGUUCUCCAUCAAGUCAGACGUGUGGUCCUUUGGAGUCUUACUUUACGAGAUGGUCACCUAUGGAGACGAGCCCUACCCAGGUCUGAAUGGACCGGAAGCAGACGAGCUUGUCAGCAAAGGCUACAGAAUGCCGGCGCCUCCCGCUUGUCCACCAUUCCUCUACGAAAUAAUGUGCAAAUGCUGGAACGCUGAUCCCAACCUGCGGCCCAAUUUUUGGGAGCUGAAGGACCAAAUGUACAGAAUCUAUGAGGUGGAUGCUAACGUCUUAAUGUCUUGA